AUGUAUUUGAUUAUAAUUUUACUUUAAAAAAUAAUUAAUUAAAUUUGCUUCAAGUUCAAAAAGAAAAAAAUAAUGUAAUAGAAAAUAACAUAUUUUUCUAAUCUAAAAAAUUUUACAGACUCUGAAUAAUUCUCUUACACAGAUCUAUAAAUUAGUUUAAGGGAAAAUUAAAUUGGUGAUCAGGGCAUAUCACCUCUGAGUUCUUCUUUAGCUCAGUGUAAAAAUCUCAAAUAUUUAAUACUCGACCUCUUUUACAAUUCAGUAAGUGAUGAAGGCACAUCGUUUUUAGGUUCUGGUUUAGCUAAAUGCGAAAAUCUUUCAAUUUUGACUCUCUAUCUUUGCGAAAAUAUAAUUGGUGAAAAAGGCAUAACAGCUUUAUUUUUAGGUUUAUCUGAAUGCAUUAAUCUCUCAAUUUUGAAAUUAGACCUCCAGCAAAAUAAAAUGGGUGAUAUGGGUGCUUCAGCUUUAGGUUUAUGUCUCGCUUAAUUAAGAAAUAUCACCGAUUUAUCGCUCAACCUUGGGUCAAAUUAAAUUGGUGAAAAGGGUGCUUCAGAUUUAGGUUUUGGUUUAUCUAAGUGCUCCAAACUCAAAACUUUGAAACUCGAACUUUACUUUAAUUAAAUUGGUAAAAAGGGUGCAAAAACCUUAGGCUUUAGUCUAGCUUUAUGCCUUAAUCUAACUUCUUUCACACUAAAUCUUGGGAGUAAUUACAUUGGAGAUGAAGCCCUCUCAGGGAUGACAUUUUUUUUAAGUUAGCGUACAAAUCUUUCAUCUUUAACGCUUCAUCUUUGGCGAAAUAAAAUUGCUGAUGAUGGCAUUUCAGAACUUGGUAGUGCUUUAGCUCACUGCUGUAAUCUGUAAAAUUUAAUCCUCAACAUAUAAUUGAAUCAAAUUAAUGAUAAGGGUUUUUCAUCUCUAGCUUCUGGUUUAUCUCGAUGCAAAAAUCUUUCAAGUUUUUAUUACUACAUAUGGGGUAAUAAAAUGAAUAAGUAGGGUGCAUCAGCAUUGGGUUCUGCUUUAUCUCAGUGCACCAAUCUCUCAACUUUGAAACUUGAUUUCUUAUGGAAUUUUUUAAAAGAUCAAGCCUUAUCAGAUUUGGGUUCUAGUUUGGCUUGUUGCUCUAAUCUUUCAAAUUUGACCCUCUAUCUCUAGUUGAACUCACAAACUCAAUUAGGGGUACAAUUACUUUGUUCUAGCUUAGCUAAAAGCCAUAAUCUAAAAACUCUGACAAUUGGAGCCUCGUAAAAAAUAUUUAUUUGCUUUUUAUUUAUGAAAAUAUAUUUUGGAAAGCAAAUUUAAAUUAGUAAAAAAUCUUGCUAAAUUUUUAUUCUUUCAUAUUUUGAUUAUGACUAAUUAAUAAAACUUGAUUAAUUUAACUUUUAAUCAUGUUUGUUUUUAUCUUUAAAUUUGCCUUGCAAUUUUAACUUCAUUUUAUAACUUAACUUCAAGCUAAUUAUGUUAUGA